AUGUACCUUAAAGUUUUUAUAGACAUUAAAUGCAUCCAUUUACUGUUCACUGAAUCAUCAAAGAAUAUGUGGUUAUGUCUGGCCAUGGGGAAAUUGUGACAUUAUCUUCUGUGUUCCUGCAUUAUGAUACAACGACCGUUAACAACACAAUGACUGCCAGCAAAGCAUCGUGGUUCUCGGACACUAAUCUACUGCUAUGCAUUCUACUAGCAGUGUGUAUGUGCAUACUUGUGCUACUUGUAUGUCUUCUAGCUUGCUUUUGCUGCCGCUUUGUUCUUAAGAGAAGUAAUGGAAGUCGAAAAGAGAAUAAUGUGAAAACUGUAUUAAUAACUAAAGCAACUUCAGUAACUGGUUUAAACCAAACCAAUCUAAAUGAAGUGAAGUCUUCUUCAAGAAGCUUACUCAAGGUGUACACCACAGAAGGUGCUGCUUUAAUAGACAACUCAAAUCAAAACUUCAAUAACGGUGCUACCCAGUCAAAAGAUUCUGCAACCAAUACAUUUGCAAUUCGUCAUCAAAAUCUAAUGACAAGUACCCCGACUGUGAGAGAAAAUGGUGCAAGAAAAUGCAACUCAAUUGUUGCAUUGGUCACUUCACCACAGUCAACUAUCACUGGGGUAGACUGGCAAAGUUUCAAGCAUGAUACACCUUGCACCAAUGGCCAUGGUACUAUUAAUACUGUGAACAAUGAACCUGUUUCUUCAUCAUAUCAAGUUAUGUCUCCAGUCACACAGCAAGGAGUUCUUAAUUGGGCAACCACUAACGAUAUAUUAGAUGCUCACUCCCCAAACUCAGUGGGUUUAUAUGGGACAGCAUUUUCUCAGUUGGAUUCAAAUCCACUCUCUGAAGAAAAUGAUUUGGAUUCAGCAUCUGAAGUUAAAGAAUUGCUUUCCCCACUGCAAGUUCCUGUGUCAUCAGAAUGUAGUCCUUUAACGCCAAAUGGAGUUUCUUCCUCACUGCCUUUAGAUGUACAUGGCCACCCCCGAGCUUGGUUUGUUCCAUUGGAUGAAAUUUAUCAUGAACCUCUUCGACAUUCUUUCAUUGAUGUUUCAAACCACAACUUUGAUUUAGUUUCAGGCCCAUUUCCUCCGGAUCAGAAAGAACAAGAUUUAAGAGCUAUUAAUAGCCCUGGUAGUAACACCUCUAAUCAACAGCUUAACGGGUCAACAAAAGUUACCAGUAGGCCAAAAGGAAUCGCUGCUUCUCAAAGCUCUGGUUCUGAAAUCGACAGAAGCGAUUGCUGUAACUGGAGAGAUAGUGGCGUUCCUGUUUCUCACAUGAAUUUAAUAAAAUCUUCAUCCAGCGAAUGUGAGAACAAAAAGCCGAGUCUAUGGGAGCAACGAGAAGAUCGGCCUGUUGUGUUCCUAGAAGAUAAUGCUGGUGAAUUGGUUUCUCCUGAGCUUGAGGUGGCAUAAAAUGGAAUGGUUCAAUUUUCCUUUACAACAUAUUUGCAGUUUUCACCUUUUUGCCUUGCCUAUAGGCAGUUAGUGUGCUGGUUUCAACAUUCAAUAUGGUUUCCUACCGUCAGCAAAAGUUUUAUUGAUCUAGUUUAAAAUAGCUUGAUAGUUUGCGCUUAUUAGUCCCAGCUAAAGUUUCCCAUGUGGUUUAAAGUUUAGUUUCCCAUACAUUACUUAGGCUGUGGAUAAGCUGCCCAAAUCUGAUUUUCCAAACCUAAUCAUGUUUGUGGGUCCAAGCUGCCAUAAUUAUUUACAGUAAAUCAAAUGGUUUUCAAUUACUUUAAUCAUGUUUUUUUUUCCUUUUUGCAUUUAAUUAUACUUUAAUUAUCAAUGAUUACCAGAUAGAAAUUACACUUGAAGUUAACAUUUUUCAAUGUCCUUAAAACCCGAUAAUCACUUUUUAAAAUCGUAUCCUCCAUCUUUGUUUUCAUAAGCACAAUUGACGAAUAACAACAUACAGCCCUUCACUCAACAUUAUCGAUGUCUUGAUGUACAUUCUGUGUUCUGUGUACAUAGCAAAAGUCGUAUACCAACACUAAUUUUGCUCGUAAUUUUUAUAUGAAAUGUUACACUGUUGCUGCAAUACUAUAUGUGUACCUGCUGUACAGGGUUUGGUCCCAAGCAGUAUUUAUAAUUCAGUGUGAUAUUCACUCACAUACAUGUCAUUAGAUGUAGUAACAAUUUCUAUUAUUCAGUAGUUACCAAUUUUUUAUGGUGCUUUUGAAAGUGUCUGCUCGCUAAGUGUGACCUAUUGACACGUUAAUCUAGUUGCAAUGUAUAUAUGUAUACAUAGUGUAUAUAUUGAAUGCCGUUCCACACCAUGCUGGAAGCUGCAGCUUUUUGUUAUUUUCACAUUUUUAUCACAGUUACACACCAGCCAACGGCUGCUUUUUUAUAAAACCACCCGUUAAAAUUUACCAAGCAUUAAGGCUUACCACACAACCAUUCAUAUGGGCCGAGCUUGCCAUUUUUUCACUUUUCUAUUAAUAUUUCAUUAGAAAACCCAGUGUGCUAUUCCAAUACUGCAACUAAUCAAAUCACUUACAGUUUUGUUUUAUUUUUACCACAUUUUUGUUGCUUUUGAAUUAUCACGCACUAACGUUAAUAUUUCACGGCCCGUGUGUUUAAUUUCUAAUUUUCCAAAUCAACAGCGUACUUUUUCUUCAAAAAGGUUGUGCCAGGUUUAAUUUGUCAACCCACUGUUCGUAUUUCUUGACCCACACUGCGCCAUUCUUGCAAUAAAUAGCACGGGUACA